GGCCACUUCUACCGUUGCGUGGGCGAGGGAUGCGACUGGUUCAAAGCUGGCCAUCCUCAAAGCAAACGGCUCCUCCGACACUCAACACGCUGCCGCAAGCUUGGCUCUGAGCUUCGAGCUAAGGCAAUCAAGUGGUCAGCCUCAGAAUCCCUUGGAGCGAAGGUGGGAAAACGCAAAUCGAAGUCCGAUCCCCAUCCGGCGGGUACCGAGCAGGUGUCCGAAACACCGUCAGCUUCAGAGAUCCAGGCACUUCACACUCUCGCAACUAUCUCCCACAACAGCACCGUUGCGCUUGGUCGUGAGGAGCUACGGCAGAGGAUCGAUUUCCGUAUUAUGAAGCUUGUCUGCAUCCGCAACAUUGUUCCGAGCGUUGUCGAUUCGAAGGAGUGGAAGGACAUGUGGCACGAUGGCAACGCAAAGUACCAGCCAACCUCAUCCUCAACAUUCAUCAACUCGCAUAUCCCUGCAGAGGCUGCUCAGAUACGUACUCUACAGGUUGAACUUCUGAAGAAGCUGAUCAAUCUCACUUUGACGUAUGACGGCGGGACCAUCAAUCGACCGCAGUCUGUCUACACGAUCCACAUCACCACACCCGAUCGCCGUGUCUACUUCAUUGAUGGAGACGAGUGCUCAAAGGAGCGACAUACGGCAGAGUAUCUCGAAAAGCUCAUCUUCGAGAUGAUGUCCGAAAUUGGUAUAGAGCGAUUCUCGGGCAUCUGCUCAGACAACACGGGGAACACACGCAAGGCACGCGAGCUUCUGGCAAAGAGUAUUCCGGGUCUUAUCAAUAUGCUCGACUGCUGUCACCAUCUCCACAACACGUCAAAGGACAUCACGAAUCUGUCAGAUUUCAAGACGAUGAUAUCAAACCUGCGGAAGAUCGUGAAGUACUUCAGGAAGUCACCCCUCGCUGCGGCUUUACUUACAGAUGCUCGGAUGGAGGAAGGAAUUGCUCGUGGUCUACAGAGCGUCGGAAGGACGCGUUUUGCGACAUUCUAUUGGAGCGCAGAGUCUCUCAAAUUGUCUCUCCCAGUGAUGCGGCAACUAGUCAGCAGUGGGAAGAUCAGUCUGAAGAAUGCGACAUUUGAUACAGCACUUCUGCAAGGAGGGAACAUGGCAUCAAUGUCCUUCGAGCGCGAUCUGUUCAUGUACACCACUAUUCUCACACCUAUUGCUCGCUCCCUCAAAGCAUUGGAGUCGACUGAUGCAACCGCUGCCGAUGUCUUCGUCUUCUGGCUUGGUAUCGUCUCCACAUUAGAUGACUUGUUCCAGCGCCCCGAGUUCGAGACAGGAAUCUCACAAUCGCUAAUCAAGAAGGUCACAACUAUCGUCAACACACGUUACAAGGAGAUCAUUGACUCCACACCUACCGAUGUAUAUUUCACCGCAUUUUUCCUCCAUCCCAAACAUUCGAGGUCAGACAUUUUACGAAAACCGGUGAACCCCCUUGCAAACGUGAUCAUAAUCCCUUCCGCUCGUGCACGGGGAAAGCAGAAGGCCACUGGAGACAAAGGCGAUGACAGCGAAAAUGCGCCAAUACCACGAGCAUACCGGCGCGCCAAGGAGUACUUGAAGCGACAGCUCCAGGAAGAGAUUGUGCGCAACGCGCAUCCCCUAAUCAAGAAAUUAGGUGAAGCGCGAGCGGCGGAAGAGCUCCGAGCACAGCUCAUGGCUUAUGCCCAUGGUCAGUAUCCCUUCGACACCCCGCUCGAAGAGACAGAGUCAGAAUCGGGGCGGCCGGUACUGGAGUGGUGGCAGAAUCUCGAAAGCCACGCACAUGCUCGUGUCCUGGCUAUGCUUGCAAUCAAGCUGUAUUCUAUCGCAAUCAACUCUAUGGCCGACGAACGCACCGCAUCCAACUUCACAUGGUUCAACUCAUCACUCCGCAACAGGCAACAGGUGGGGACGCUUGUCGACAUGAUUCAGGUACGGCAAUGGUAUUUGGCAAAGGUACAGCUACAGUACUAG